ACUUCGAGAUUGCGGAGGCCCGAGGAAAGGAAGGAAACAGAGUCAUGGAGCUUUUGAGGUUGAGGAGAGCUGGGAUGCGAUGCUGCUUGAUGCUCAAUGGAGAUGAAUCUCUGCUUUGGAGAAAUUUGCAUCAAUUUUGGGCUAAAAACUCGAAAGGGAGUGUUAGAAGAAGGAAUUGUUAUUCUCAGAAUUGGCAAUGGAAUGGCUGCUCGAUUUCAGAAAGAUCCUUGGCUGCCAACUCUUCCAGAUGGACUUGGAGAAUGUAGAUUUGUUGAAGAACACAAGUUGGCGACAGGCCCAGUGCCAAGGUCCCCAGAACAAUCAGAAGAAGCAAUGCGGAGUGAACUAGAUCAUAUGGGGGACUAUAUACCAUGCGGGUUGAGAGGUUGGAGCUAUCACUGGCUCUACUAG